GGGGUCUCGGUUUCCCAGGGUCUCAGGGAGGGGGGAAACUGACACCCGAAUUUCUGAAUGCAGGUAUCAGAGGCUGAGGACACCUCCACUCUCUCCUCACUGCCAGUGGCGGCGGCGGUGGAAGUAGUCUGACUGGUGCACGUGCCUGAAUCUGACGCUCUUCGCUUGCCACGGAGUUCCUUGGGUCCCGCGUGCGUUUGGUCCUGCCCCAAAGUUCUCUCCAUCCUCGGUGCCCUAAGCUCUUGCCCAGCUUCUCAAGCUCCGGACCUCGACGUCUGCAGAACGAAAUGGUCACAGCCACGAAUGUCUCGGACGAAAUAGAGCAGAUGUUGCAGCCUUACAACUUCGAGCUGUUCCACGACAUGAGGCCCCUUUUGGAGGAGUACUGGGCAACCUCAUUCCCCAUAGCUCUGGUCUACCUGCUGCUCAUCUUUGUGGGGCAGAACUACAUGAAGGCACGGAAGGGCUUCAACCUGCAGGGGCCUCUGAUCCUUUGGUCCUUCUGCCUUGCAAUCUUCAGUAUCCUGGGGACACUGAGGACAUGGGGCUAUAUGGGUACCCUGAUACUUAGGGGGAGCCUAAAGCAAACCGUGUGCUUCUCCAUCUUCACCAACACUCCCAUAAUCAGAUUCUGGUCCUGCCUCUUUGUUCUCAGCAAGAUCAUUGAACUUGGAGACACGGCCUUCAUCAUCCUGCGUAAGCGGCCACUCAUCUUUGUGCACUGGUACCACCACAGCACAGUGCUAGUGUACACGAGCUUUGGAUACAAGAACAAGGUGCCUGCAGGCGGUUGGUUCAUGACCAUGAACUAUGGUGUGCAUGCCAUCAUGUACAUCUACUACACUCUGAGGGCUGCCAAAGUGAAGUCCCCCACGUGGUUACCCAUGCUCAUCACCAGCCUGCAGAUCCUGCAGAUGUUUAUGGGAGCCACUGUUGGCAUCCUAACUUACAUCUGGAGACAGGAACAGGGAUGCCACACCACAAUGGAACACUUCUUCUGGUCCUUUGUCUUGUAUGCGACCUAUUUCAUCCUCUUUGCCCAUUUCUUCCACCAGACCUAUGUAGUACCCAAGGUCAAAGCCAAGACCAAGAGUCAGUGAAGGGCUGGAGAAAAAGGAGCCCCAGGGUCUCUCCCUGCCAAGGCGCUGAGGGGUUGAGCUUAGGUUUGGGAGAAUGAUUUGGAUGCCUUCCCUGCAUGGUUUUUCCCAUGGGAUCUGUGCCCCAAGGUGGCAGGAAGUUAUGUCAGACAAGAAGUGUUAGCCGUGGGUGGGGUGUAAUCUAGUACUUUGAUGUUUCUAUUUUUAAUGUGAAGGCCAAGCAAGGCCUGGGAUGGGGGUAGAAAUGAGGAGGAUCCCCAGAGCUGAGUUAUUUAUAUUUCUAUCCAGAAAUCUUCUUGCUCCAUUUUUAAAUUAAAGAUUUCAACAAGUCUUUUGGGGUUU